UUCUUACAAAACCCUCCAAUCCCAAUACGUUACUUCCCCCAAAACUAUCUUUUCUCUUCGCUCGUCCUCUCUCCGUAUGUGUAGGGUAGGAGUCAAAUACGACACUGUUUUGAGGGUUGCAAUUUGCAACCUUUUGAUUGGUCUCUCUUCUCUUUGCCCAACCAAAAACAACCUUUGAUGAUAUAAAGAUCAGCCCAACUUCAUUUGUCCAUUCCAAAAUCUCUUUCUUUUUCUUUCUUUUUUCCUCUAAUGUUUUAGACAAAAACCCCAUUUUUCCAUAUUUAUUUAUUACAUUCAUUUGUUUUUUGGGGGGGGUACAUAUAUCAUCGGAAAACUCCAUAUUUGUUGAUCUUGAUAUUUAUAUAUCAAAUAAAUGUCGUCUCAAACGAGCUAUUACCGAUCACCCUUCGGAGACACGACUUACACCAAAGUGUUCGUUGGAGGAUUAGCAUGGGAAACUCCUACGGAAGAAAUGCGUCGUUACUUCGAUCAGUUCGGAGAGAUUCUUGAAGCCGUCAUCAUUACCGAUAAAAACACCGGCAAAUCUAAAGGCUACGGUUUCGUGACCUUCCGGGAGGCAGAUUCUGCGACUAGAGCCGUCGCUGAUCCAAAUCCGGUGAUCGACGGGAGAAAAGCUAAUUGUAACAUUGCGUCUUUUGGACGGCCUCGGCCAUCCCCGCCUCGAGGUCGAGGACAAACAGGAAGUCCGAGUCAAUACCAAAGCGGAGGACCAUCAGCCUAUACGGGGAUGGCUGCACCGCUGCCACCGGCUGCAGCUGGCCAGCUCAUGUAUCCGUCCUACGGGUACACCUACAACCCUGAUCAAUUUGGGUACCACCAACAGGCAAUGUACAACACACAGUUGCAGCAAGCUCAGUACUAUCAGCAGCAACUAUAUGCAGGAGGAGCAACAUCACCGUCAUCAUCAGGAGCAGCCAUCAUGCCUUCUCCUUACUAUUACGGCUAUUCUCUUCAAGCCCCUAGAGUACCAUACCAACAUCAUCAUCAUCAUCACCUUCCUCAACCGUAUAAUCCUCAACGGUUUUCUUCUCCUUCUUUCCUCGUUUACCCAUCCAAUUCCUCUUUUGUCACUCCUCUCCAUGGACUGCUCUCUCCUUCCACCGAAUCUGAAACAGUACCACAACAAGUAUCAUCAGGAGAAGUCGAAGCAACAACAACUGCUCCUGAAAGUACUAUCAGCGACACCAAAGAACCUAUUUCAAGUUCUUGAUCUCUCUCUCAUUUCCCAAUUUGUACAAUCUUCACAUUUUUACCUCUCCCUCUCUCUAUCUCUGAGAAAACAAGAAAAAACAGCUAAUUCAUUUAUUUAUCAACCAGAGCUAUGACUUGAGCCCCAAGAAGACGACUCAAGACUGUCAUAAACUUAAAAAAAUACGGCUCUAUCUCUUGUCCUAUUUUUUUUCUCUUUUAUUUUGUUUUCCUGA